AUGGCGCGCGCGGCGGGGCCCGAGCGGCGGCUCCUGGCCAUCUACACCGGCGGCACCAUCGGCAUGCGGAGCGAGCGCGGCGUGCUCGUCCCUGGGAAGGGCCUGGCCGCCGUUCUGAGGACGCUGCCCAUGUUCCACGAUGGGGCGCACGCCCAGGCCCGUGGCCUCCCCGAGGACACCUUAGUGCUGCCCCCCGCCUGCCCUGACCAGAGGGUCGUGUACACGGUGCUGGAGUGCCAGCCUCUCUUUGACUCCAGUGACAUGACCAUCACCGAGUGGGUUCAGAUCGCCCAGACCAUCGAGAGACACUACGGGCAGUACCAUGGCUUUGUGGUCAUCCACGGCACCGACACCAUGGCCUUCGCCGCCUCCGUGCUCUCCUUCAUGCUGGAAAACCUGCAGAAAACUGUCAUCCUCACUGGUGCCCAGGUGCCCAUCCAUGCCCUGUGGAACGACGGCCGUGAGAACCUGCUGGGUGCCCUGCUGCUGGCUGGCCAGUACGUGAUCCCCGAGGUCUGCCUGUUCUUCCAGAAGCAGCUGUUUCGGGGCAACCGAGUGACCAAGGUGGACACGCGCAGGUUUGCGGCUUUCUGCUCCCCCAACCUGCCCCCUCUGGCCACCGUGGGCGCCGAUGUCACAAUUAACCGGGAGCUGGUGCGGAGGGUCCGUGGGCAGGGCCGGCUGGUGGUAAACAGCAGCAUGGAGCGCGACGUGGGCCUGCUGCGCCUCUACCCCGGGAUCCCUGCCACCCUGGUCCGGGUCUUCCUGCAGCCCCCCCUGAAGGGCGUGGUCAUGGAAACCUUCGGAUCAGGCAACGGGCCCACCAAGCCCGACCUGCUUCGGGAGCUGCGGGUGGCAGCUGAGCGAGGCCUAAUCAUCGUCAACUGUACCCACUGCCUUCAGGGCGCCGUCACCUCGGACUAUGGCACUGGCACGGCCCUGGCGGGAGCCGGCACCAUCUCAGGCUCCGACAUGACAUCGGAGGCGGCCCUGGCCAAGCUGUCGUAUGUGCUUGGCCUGCCGGGGCUGAGCCUGGAUGGCAGGAAGGAGCUGCUGGCCAGGGACCUGCGCGGGGAGAUGACGCCGCCUGCCGCGGACGCGCUCCGGCCCUCUCUGCGGGGCAGCACGCUGGGCCGCGGGGUCGCCCAGCUCCUCAGUCUGAGCCAGGAGGCUGAUGAUGUGCGGGAGGCCCUGGCACCCAGCCUGGCCUGUGCCGCGGCCCACGCCGGCGACCUGGAGGCCCUGCAGGCGCUCGCGGAGCUGGGCGGUGACCUGAGCCUGGAGGACUUUGGUGGUCAAACUCCGCUGCACUCGGCCGCCCGAGGGGGCCAGGCUGGGGUGGUCGCCAUGCUGCUGCAGAGAGGGCUGGACGUGAACGCACGGGACAAGGAUGGCCUCAGCCCGCUGCUGCUGGCCGUGAGGGGCAGGCAUCAGGGUGUCAUUGGGCUGCUGCGGGCAGCUGGGGCCUGCCUGUCCCCCCAGGAGCUGGAGGACUCGGGGACAGAGCUAUGCAGGCUGGCGUCCAGGGCAGACUGUGAAGGCCUGCGGGCAUGGUGGCAGGCAGGGGCCGACCUGAGGCAGCCGGGCUACGAUGGGUGCAGCGCCCUGCAUGUGGCAGAGGCAGCUGGGAACCUGGAAGUGGCGGCCCUUCUGCAGAGCCUUCAGGGUGGGCCUGGUGACCAGGCCCUGGGCCCAUAUCCGGGCCUCCACUCCUCCUCGUCAGGAAGUGCUGCCUGGUGUCUAACCUGAAGCUGUCCUGCUGCAGCGUAAGCCAUUCCUUCCUGUUGAGACCUGCUGGAAGAAUGGUAGCAGACCCACCCCUGCGGCUCUGACUGUGCUGUGCGCCCCCCUUCCCCUGCCCCCCUCCUCGCUGCUGGAGCUGCUUCCCAUUCUGUUUCCAGAACCCAGCCUAAAGGUCUUUGUUGGGUAGAGUGGCAAUAAAAUCUCUCCGAGGGCCAUUCCCUCCCUAGAUCCCCAAAGCCCGGCUCCAGUGGGUCUGUCUGGGUCCCAGGACCGUGGGUAUGUGUGUGGGGUGUCAGGCCCCAGGCUGCGGGUCAAAGGGCGGUGUUUUCAGCCCCCUGGGGGUGAGGGAUGCUCCGCCAAUCCUUCCCAAGGCACCGGGAGUGAGUGUGAGUGUGGGCCCCCUGGGCGGGGUGGGCAGGCUGUUCCCCCCCCCCCACUUUCCCACCUCCCUGCCUGCUGCUUAGGCUGUUCCCUCCGCAGACAACCUCUGCCCCAUGUCCUCUCCUCCCAGUCCUCCUCUUGAAGCUUGGAGUCACCUCCUCCAGGCAGCCCCCACCCACAUCUGCUUCUGCUUAACUCUCCUCCCUCGUGGAGACCGUCUCUCUAGUCCUCCUGGUCCCCCCUCGUCCGGUCUUCACAGGGCCUCUGCAGUGUGCUGGCCUCUUGGCCCCGUUCAUUGCAGCCCCUGAUCUGCUGGUAGCGCCGGACCUGCUACCUCUUAUGAGCCAGGCCCAUCCUGGGAGCCUGGGUGGAUGGGAGCGCCCUGCUGGGCGCAGGUGUGGGAUGGGCAGGGCAGGCCCAGGCCUGGUGGGUGUGGCCCUCUGAGGCCAGUGUCAGUGCCUUACCAGAGGCCCCGUUGGGGCUGAAAUCAGGCGUUUGGACCCAUGGCCUGAACCGGAAGCACCAGAAGCAGUCCACAGGGCAUGCCCUUGGGCCUGGGCUGGCCUGAGGCCUCCCGCCCCGCCCCCCGCCCUGCAGGGCAUGAGCCUCCCCGCUCCAGGUCCCCCACCACCUUGGCCCCUCUCUAACUGCCCCCAUAAGGACUGCCUUCAGUCUGUCCGUCUGGCCCCUGAGCUGGGGGCUCAGGAAGCCGCUGGGCCCAGCCUGAGGGCAAGGGUGACCCCAAAGAGCUCUCCCUUGCACUCACCAUGCAGCCUCUCCCAGAGGCGCUGGGCCGGGGGCGGCUCCACCCGCACCCCCGGGCUUCUCAGCCCGGUUCCCAGGCCCGGGCUGGCAGCCUUCCAGAUUUUACCCAGACACGGGUGUGCCUGGGCCUUGCACAAACAGGUGACACCACAUGAGCGUGGUGGGGCCCCAUACCCGGACGACAGCCCAGUGAGCGGGGGCCUGGGGGGAAGAGGGGCCCUGGGGCUCCAGAGCCGGGAGCCCCUGCAGUUGCUGGUGGGUUGGGACCCUCAGAAGGCCAGGGGACGGCAGGACCGUCGGACAAUACCUGGACAACUGGAGAAAACCUUCCG